UUCUCCUUUCAGAUCUCGCUGCAAGACAAAACAAGGUUGUUGGAGGAUCUGGGUGGUAUUUGUAUCAAAUUAGAGAUUGGGGGUAUUGCAUUUGUUUGUGAGAUUGGAAAACUGUGUAUUCUUGUUUAGAUAUUGAAACAUAGAACAUGUCUAGCAAGAAGGAAGAGAAAGGCCAGGCUGCAGCUGAAAGAAUCAAGGCAGCAACCUUGAGUGCUGCAAAGGGUCUUAGUCGUGCUCAGGCUGAAAGGGCAGCGGCUGCUGCAGCCCGAAAUGUUAAUGCUUAUGGGCAGAAGGAAGAAGGGCCUAGCAGAUGGCAGGAGAAAAGGGAAGCAAAGAGGCAGAUGUAUCUAUUUAGUACUGAAAAGGCUGUGAGAUUGGGUGAAAGAAAAGACCUUAAGGCUUCUAUGUCUACCACAGGUGGUGUGGCUUCACAGUGCCAGAAGUGUUUCGAGAGUGGGCAUUGGACCUAUGAAUGCAAAAAUGAACGAGUUUACAUCUCACGACCCUCUCGGACCCAGCAGCUCAAGAACCCCAAAUUGAGGAUGAAGGUGUCAAUCUCUUAUGAUCUAGAUAAUCCAGAUGUUAAGGAGGAGAAGGCCGAAAAGAGUUCUAAGAAAAGCAAAAGGAAGCAUCGACCAGCUUCUGAUUCUGGUAGUGAUAGUGAGGCUUCAGUUUUUGAGACUGAUAGUGGGGCAUCAUCAGUUACGGGAUCAGAUUCUUCUUCAGAGGAAAGUAGUUCGGGUUACAGUUCAUCAUCUGAUUCAGAAGAGGAGAGGAGGCAGCGGAGGAAGAAAAAGAAGCAGAAGAGGGGAAGGCGUAAGAGUUACAGCACAUCUUCUGAGUCUUCUGAUUCGGACUCGGCUUCAGAGUCUGAUUCUGAUGAUAGGAGCAGUCGCAGGAAGAGCAGGAGGCAUGGCCGAAGGCGCUGAAGGAUUUACUCUUAGACAGUAUGGAGCAUUGUAUUGCAGUGAUAUUUGCCUUUUCAGUUGUACUUGUUUGUCAUUAACCUUGGAUCUCUACCAGCUCCAAAUAUACUCUUGUGUGUUACUGUGGAGCUUAGUGAUGGUUUGAUGCAUGUUGCAAGUUGGGCCUUCUAAAAUAAGCUUAGCAAAUGUUUUCUUUCGACUGUUGCGUUCUAGGAAAUAUAUCAGAUUCUCUGUUGUUACUUCUUGUCA